AUGAUUAUCAACGAUACUAUAUUAGGUACAUUCGCGGUAUCCAAUGCCUCCUCUGUCGAUGAUAAGGUGACCGUUUUCAACCGUUUGAUAAAAAGUCUAUACGACAUUCACGCGCCGAUUAAAUCAAUUACUGUUAAGCGUCCACCAGCUCCAUGGAUGUCGAAAGGUGUACGUAUGGCCAUGAGGCGAAGAAAUCGAGCCUUCAGGAAAUAUAGACGGGAUCGGUCGGAUGAGAAUUGGGUACUCUACAAGUCAGCUAGGAAUCGGUGUAAUCAGAUGAUACGUAAUGCUAAACGCCGACACAUUCUAGAAAAUAUCACUUCCACCUCCGCGGCUGCCAUCUGGAAGUUCCUUGGAACGCUGGGUAUCGGCAAACAAGGUCAUGAGGACCUACCUAAUACGAUUGGUUUGGACGAUAUCAAUCGCCAUUUCACCACCACCCCUAGUUUGGAUCGUUCAGCCAUUCGUCAGACGGUGGAGUUCAUCACUGGCCUUCCGCGGCAGAGAAAGUUACCUUCCCUGUGGCGUAAAGCUUACGUCCGUCCACUUCCUAAAAUCACAAAUCCUACUCUCCCUACACACUUCCGUCCAAUCUCGAUCCUUCCAUUCCUUUCCAAAGUGCUGGAAGCUUGUGCCCAUAAGCAGUUAUCAAGUUUUAUAGCCCGUCACAACUUUAUAAGUCCACUGCAAUCUGGGUUUAGACCUGGGCACAGCACCGCCACAGCACUUCUCAAAGUGACUGGUGACAUUAGAGAGGGGAUCAGUGAGUCUAAAGUCACUGCUAUGGUCUUAAUAGACUUCUCAAAUGCCUUUAAUGCUGUCAGUCACGACAUCCUUGAAUCCAUCCUGUCCUAUCUUAUGGUGUCGCCUGGGGCACUGGAUUGGUUUCAGUCUUAUCUUCGUGAGCGCCAGCAGGCUGUGCGCAAUGAGGAGACGCUGUCGAAUUGGUGUGAGCUUGCCGCUGGUGUUCCACAAGGCG